AUGGCAUGCUCUCAAACUCUCUCAAGUCUCUUUAUCUUUUCUUUUAUAACAAUCUGUUAUGCUGCUUUAGAUCCAUUCAAACUAUCAAAGCCUAAUGCCAUUCAUUUUCCCAUAAGAAAAAACCAAACCACUCUUCAAUACUACACCACAUAUGAGUCUGGUAACCCUCAAUCACGUACCACGAUCGAUGCGUUAAUCGAUCUUGGGGCACAGUCUGUUUGGUUUGAAUGUACGUCUUACGUCUCAUCAACGUAUAAACGAGCAUCUUGUGGCUCAAACAGAUGCAAAAAGGCCAAAGGGACUGGCUGUAUAGGGUGCGACUCGGCUCCUAGACCAGGCUGCUCUAAUAACACUUGUGCUGUCUAUGGUUAUAACCCUUUUACCGAAUAUUUAACAGCUCAAGAGCUUGGUGAAGAUACAAUGAGGGUAACAUCCACUGAUGGCCAGUCUAUUCUGCUUAACUAUGAUAUACCGAAGUUCCAAUUUUCGUGUGCUGAUCCUGACAUUGUAGAAGGCUUACCUGGUGACCAUACUAAAGGGUUGGUUGGGCUUGCAAGAACCGAUGUUUCCUUACCUUUACAAAUUUCAUCUUCACUCAAAUUGGCUCAAAAAUUUGCUCUUUGUUUACCCUCAUCAUCAGAUAAUGGACUAGGUGACAUAUUUAUUGGCGGAGGGCCAUAUUAUAUGCCUCCUAGUACGGAAGAUCAAUCUUUGUCAUUUAUUAGUACUCCACUCGUUAUCAAUCCAGUCAGUACUGCACCGAUGUAUAAUGAAGGAGAUGCUUCAGAUGAGUAUUUCAUCAAUGUUAAAGCCAUUGAGAUUAGUGGUAAACCUAUAGCACUUAAUUCAUCAUUAUUGUCUUUCGAUAAAAAUGGUUUUGGGGGAACCAAGAUUAGUACAAUAGUACCUUAUACUGCUUUGCACUCGACGAUUUACAAGAGUCUAGUAAAAGAUUUCAUUAAGGCAGCAACAAAGAAUAAUAUCAAAAGGGUGACUUCUGUUGCACCAUUUGGAGCGUGCUUUGAUUCAAAGACCGCUCCUAAAACAAUAACUGGACCAGCGGUUCCAGAUAUUGACCUAAUUUUAGAAGGGAAUACAACAAGGUUCAGAAUCUAUGGUUCAAACUCAAUGGUGGAAGCUCAAAAGAAUGUAAUAUGCCUAGCGUUUAUUGAUGGAGGAGCUGAACCAAGAACGUCAAUCGUCUUAGGAGGGCAUCAGUUGGAGAAUCGCAUACUAGAGUUCGAUGUAGGUGCAUCAAUGUUGGGAAUUACAUCCUCCCUCCUGGUGUGGAACACAAGUUGUUCUCAUUAUAGGUCAUCAUAUUUAAAACCUCAAGUAAUUUAAGAUUUGGUCUUCAUUUAUUUACAAUAUAUGUUUUGAAUCCGACAUUCUCUGUGUGUUUUUCCAAAUUUACAUUGUAUCAUGUUGUAAACGUUAAAUUCUAAGUGUCAUGGGUUAUUCAAAA